AUGGCCCAAGCAUUUAAAGUCGCCUCGAGCGUGUCUCCGUACUCGGAGCUGCCCCCGAUUUGCGCGCGUCUGUUUGAGGCGAAGGCGGCCAAAGGCUUGACGUUUGACCAGAUCGGCAAGGCCAUAGGCAAGGAUGAGAUGUGGGUUGCAGCGGUGUUCUACGCCCAGGCGAAGCUGUCGCCAGAGGACCUCGAAGGCCUCGCGAAGACCCUCGACCUCCCUGUGGCGAACGUUCAGGCAGAGAUCGGGGAGAAUUGGUGGCCGAACCGUGCGGGGAUGGGCGAGAUCCCGCCCAGGGACCCAGUAUUGUACCGAUUGUUUGAGGGCGUGAUGGUGUACGGGCAUGCUAUUAAGGCUGUGAUUCAUGAAAAGUUCGGCGACGGCAUUAUGUCGAUGAUCGACUGUAAAGUCAACAUUACGAAGAAGCCCGAUCCGAAGGGUGACCGCGUAGUUCUGACGUUCGAGUGA